AUGACGAAGAGGACCUGUCGGUCCAAGAGGAUGUGUCGGACCAAGAAGACGCUUCGGACCAAGAGGACCCGUCGGAACAAGAGGACGAGGAAGACCCGUUGGAACCAAGUGGAAGAGGAGGACCCAACCGACCAAGAGGACGUAGAGGACCUGUCGGACCAAGAGGACGAAGAGGACCCGUCGGACCAAGAGGACGAAGAGGACCCAUCGGACCAAGAGGACCCAAGACGCUUCGGACCAAGAGGAGGAAGAGUACCCGUCGGACCAAAAGGACAAAGAGGACCCAUCGGACCAAGAGGACGCGUUGGACCAAGAGAAACAAGAAUACCCGUCGGACUAAGAGGACGAGGAGGACCCAUUGGACCAAGAGGACCCAUCGGACCAAGAGGACAAGGAGGACCCAUCAGACCAAGAGGAGGAGGACCCGUCGGACCAAGAGGACGUAGAGGACCUGUCGGACCAAGAGGACCCGUCGGAACAAGAGGACGAGGAAGACCCGUUGGAACCAAGAGGAAGAGGAGGACCCAACCGAUCAAGAGGAUGAGGAGGACCCAUCCGACCAAGAGGACCCCGUCAGAUCAAGAGGACGAGGAGGACCCGUCAGACCAAGAGGACAAGGAGGACUUGUCAGACCAAGAGGAAGAGGAGAACCCGUCGGACCAAGAGGAUGAGGAGGACCCGUCGGACCAGGAGGACCCGUCGGACCAAGAGACCGAAGAGGACCCGUCGGACCAAGAUGACAUAGAGGACCCGUCGGACCAAAAUGACACAGAGGACCCGUCGGUCCAAGAGGACGCGUCAGACCAAGAGGACAAAGAGGACCCGUCGGAACAAGAGGACGAGGAGGACCCGUUGGACCAAGAGGACACGUUGGACCAAAAAUACCCAUCGGACCAAGAGGACGAGCACCCGUCGGACCAAGAGGAAGAGGAACACCCGUCGGACCAAGAGGAAGAGGAGCACCCGUCGGACCAAGAGGAGGUAUCAGACCAAGAAGACAAAGCGGACCCGUCGGACCAAGAGGACGUGUCAGACCAAGAGGACAAAGCGGACUCGUCGGACCAAGAGGACCCGUUGGACCAAAGGAAGAGGAGGACCCAAUCGACCAAGAGGAUGAGGAGGACCCAUCCGACCAAGAGGACCCCGCCAGAUCAAGAGGACGAGGAGGACCCGUCGGACCAAGAGGACGAGGAGGACUUGUCAGACCAAGAGGAGAACCCGUCGGACCAAGAGGAUGAGGAGGACCCGUCGGACCAGGAGGACCCGACGGACCAAGAGACUGAAGAUGACCCGUCGGACCAAGAGGACCCAUCGGACCAAGAUGACAUAGAGGACCCGUCGGACCAAGAGGACCCGUCGGACCAAAAUGACGCAGAGGACCCGUCGGUCCUAGAGGACGCGUCAGACCAAGAGGACAAAGAGGACCUGUCGGAACAAGAGGACGAGGAGGACCCGUUGGACCAAGAGGACACGUUGGACCAAGAAUACCCAUCGGACCAAGAGGACGAGCACCCAUCGGACCAAGAGGAAGAGGAGCACCCGUCGGACCAAGAGGAGGUAUCAGACCAAGAAGACAAAGCGGACCCGUCGGACGUGUCAGACCAAGAGGACAAAUCGGACCCGUCGGACCAAGACCCGUCAGUCCAAGAGGACAAAGAGGACCCAUCGGAACAAGAGGACGAGGAGGACCCGUUGGACCAAGAGGACCCGUUGGACCAAGAGGACGAGGAGGACCCGUCUGACCAAGAGGACCCGUCGGACCAAGAGGACGUAGAGGACCCGUCGGACCAAGAGGAUGUAGAGGACCCGUCGGACCAAGAGGACGAUGAGGACCCAUCGGACCAAGAGGACCUGUCGGACCAAGAGGACCCGUCAGACCAAAAGGACGUAGAGAACCCGUCGGACCAAGAGGACGAUGCAUCAGACAAAGAGGACAAAGAGGACCAGUCGGAACAAGAGGACGAGGAGGACCCGUUGGACCAAGAGGACCCGUCGGACCAAGAGGACCUGUCGGACCAAGAGGACCCGUCAGACCAAAAGGACGUAGAGAACCCGUCGGACCAAGAGGACGUAGAGGACCCAUCGGACCAAGAGGACCCGUCGGACAAAGAGGAGGAGGACUCGUCGGACCAAGAGGACCCAUCGGACCUGUCGUACCAAGAGGACGAAGAGGACCCGUCAGACCAAGAGGACGAAGAGGACCCGUUGGACCAAGAGGACAGAGAGGACUCGUCGGACCAAGAAGAUGAAGAGGACCAGUUGGACCAAAAUGACGAAGAGGACCCGUCGGUCCAAGAGGAUGUGUCGGACCAAGAAGACGCUUCGGACCAAGAGGACCCGUCGGAACAAGAGGAUGAGGAAGACCCGUUGGAACCAAGAGGAAAAGGAGGACCCAACCGACCAAGAGGACGACCCAUCGGACCAAGAGGACGCGUUGGACCAAGAGAAACAAGAAUACCCGUCGGACUAAGAGGACCCAUUGGACCAAGAGGACCCAUCGGACCAAGAGGACAAGGAGGACCCGUCGGACCAAGAGGACAAGGAGGACCCGUCGGACCAAGAGGAGGAGGACCCGUCGGACCAAGAGGACCCGUCGGACCAAGAGGACGUAGAGGACCAGUCGGACCAAGAGGACCAGUCGGAACAAGAGGACGAGGAAGACCCGUUGGAACCAAGAGGAAGAGGAGGACCCAAUCGACCAAGAGGAUGAGGAGGACCCAUCCGACCAAGAGGACCCCGCCAGAUCAAGAGGACGAGGAGGACCCGUCGGACCAAGAGGACGAGGAGGACUUGUCAGACCAAGAGGAGAACCCGUCGGACCAAGAGGAUGAGGAGGACCCGUCGGACCAGGAGGACCCGUCGGACCAAGAGACUGAAGAUGACCCGUCGGACCAAGAGGACCCAUCGGACCAAGAUGACAUAGAGGACCCGUCGGACCAAGAGGACCCGUCGGACCAAAAUGACGCAGAGGACCCGUCGGUCCUAGAGGACGCGUCAGACCAAGAGGACAAAGAGGACCUGUCGGAACAAGAGGACGAGGAGGACCCGUUGGACCAAGAGGACACGUUGGACCAAGAAUACCCAUCGGACCAAGAGGACGAGCACCCGUCGGACCAAGAGGAAGAGGAGCACCCGUCGGACCAAGAGGAGGUAUCAGACCAAGAAGACAAAGCGGACCCGUCGGACGUGUCAGACCAAGAGGACAAAGCGGACCCGUCGGACCAAGUGAACCCGUCGGUUCAAGAGGAUAAGGACCCGUCAGACUAA